AUGCAAAACAUUCCUAUGUUGAAUGAGUCUAAUUUUAAGGAUUGGAAGGAAACUCUUCUGAUCACUUUGGGCUGCAUAGAUCUUGACCUCACGUUAAGAACCGAGAAACCUGCCCCUCUUACGGAUGAAAGUACCGCUGAUCUUAAGCGGGACUUUGAGAGGUGGGAGCGCUCGAAUCGCGUGAGUGUUAUGAUCAUCAAGCACAGCAUCCCAGAGGCCUUUCGGGGCAGGGCUUCUAAAGAUAUUGCUGAUGCUAGUGAAUACCUCGCCAAAAUUGAGGAGCGUUUUGCUAAAAAUGAAAAGUCUGAAAUAAGUACGCUUCUUGCAAACUUGAUCUCAAUGAAGUAUAAGGGCAAGAGAAACAUAAGGGAGUACAUCAUGCAGAUGUCUCAAAUUGCUUCAAAUCUGAAGGUGCACAAGCUUGAAGUCCCUGAGGACUUACUUGUGCAUUUGGUGUUACUCUCUCUUCCAACACAAUUCAGUCAAUUUAAGGUCAGUUAUAACUGCCAGAAGAAGAAAUGGUCUCUUAAUGAGCUCAUUUCAUACUGUGUACAAGAAGAUGAGAGACUGAAGCAAGAUAGAGUUGAGGUUGCUCAACUGGCUACUAGCUCUAUCAAUAAGGGAAAGGGCACUAAGAGAAAGGCUAUAGAGAAUGUUGUUGUGGACAAGGGGCCAUCACAAAAGAAGCAACAUAAGAAAAAUGGUUGCUUCUUAUGUGGUAAGCCUGAUCAUGUGAAGAAGAAUUGUGCCAAGUAUAGCGCCUGGCGUGCUAAGAAAGGUACAAUUCUAGCUUUGGGCUGCCGAAAGCCAAUUGAUGGUGAAAGAUACAUCUAUGUGGGAGAUGGCAAAUGGAAUUUGGUUUCUAUUUCUGCAUUGGACAAAUUCGGUUUUUCUUAUUCAUUCGGAAAUAAUAAGUUUACUCUUUCAAAUAAUUCUGGUAUUGUGGGCACUGGUUCUUUAAGUGCAUAUGACAAUAUUUACUUGCUUGAUUCUAUUAGUUCAUAUUCAGAAGCCUUACGUGUUGAAUCAAAGGGGACUAAGCAAAAAUUAAAUAAUGAAAAUUUGGCAAACUUAUGGCACAAGCGGCUAGGUCAUAUCUCAAAAUCAAGAAUUGAGAGACUUGUGGCAGAUGGUAUAUUGAAUACAGUUACCUUUUCUGAUCUUGAUUCUGAGACUCUGGACAAGUUCAAAAUAUUCAAGGCUGAAGUUGAGCUCCAACUCAACAAAAGCAUUAAGAAAGUCAAAUCUGACCGUGGUGGUGAAUACUAUGGAAGAAAUGACGGCUCAGGUAAACAACAUCAAGGACCUGUUGCCUUCUAUCUAGAAGAGUGCGGAAUCUUCCCUCAGUACACAAUGCCGGGGUCGCCUAGCAUGAAUAGUGUAGCUGAAAGACGAAAUAGAACUCAUAAAGAUAUGGUGAGGAGUAUGAUUUCUCAUUCCUCCUUGCCGCAAUCACUUUGGGCGGAGGCAUUAAAGACUGCAUCAUAUAUUCUCAAUCGGGUACCAACUAAAGCAGCUGCUAAAACACCUUAUGAGCUUUGGACUGGACGAAAGCCUAGCCUAAGUCACACUCACAUUUGGGGAUGUCCAGCUGAAGCUAGGACUUACAAGCCAAAUGAAAAGAAAUUGAACUCCAAAACUGUGAGCAGCUACUUUAUUGAAGAAGCAGAUCAUGAACCUCAAGAAAAUGAUGUUAUAAAUGCACAACUCCGAGUUGAUAAUCUCAAUGAGGACCAACAUCAUGUUGAUGAGAUCAUUCAAGUUCAACCUCAACAACCUCAAGAACUAAUGCCAAUGAGGAGGUCCACUAGAGAAAGGAGAAAUGUCAUUCCGGAUGAUUAUGUGGUUUUUCUCGUUGAAAAUAAAGAUAAUAUUGGUUUGAAAACCAAUGACCUGUCACUAAGGUGUGAAACCCAUUGGUUGCAAUGGAUUUUUAAGACCAAAAGGGAUUCAAAGGGUAAUGUGGAUAAAUUUAAGGCACGUCUUGUUGCUAAAGGCUUCACUCAGAAGGAAGGCAUAGAUUAUAAAGAGACUUUCUCUCCAGUUUCUUCGAAAGACUCAUUCAGAAUAAUCAUGGCAUUAGUAGCACAUUUUAAUCUGGAGCUACAUCAGAUGGAUGUUAAGACAGCGUUCUCAAUUGUGAACUUGAGGAAACGAUUUAUAUGGAGCAACCAGAAGAUGCAUGGUUGGAAGCCUAUAGACACCCCUGUUGCUAAAGGAGACAAGUUUAGUCUUGCUCAGUGCCCUAGAACAAGUCUUGAGAAUAAUGAGAUGAAAAAGAUUCCAUAUGCUUCGGCUAUUGGAAGUCUCAUGUAUGCUCAAAGAACAAAACAUUACAUGCUCAAAUAUAGAAAAUCAGAUCAUUUGGAGAUCAUUGGGUAUUCUGAUUCUGAUUUUGCUGGAUGCCAAAAUAGCGGGAGAUCCACCUCGGGUUAUGUAUUUCUGCUGGCUGUAGGAGCCAUUUCAUGGAGAAGUGCUAAGCAGACGCUUGUGGCACCUUCCACCAUGGCAGCAAAAUUCGUAGCCUGA